AUCGGCAGCCUGCCCUUUUCUUCUCGCCGGCCGCCCGCGUCCUCGGACUUGUUCCAAAAAUCUGUUAAAACAUGGUGUAUUACUAUGAAGUCCUAGGCGUACAGAGGCAGGCCUCAGCCGAGGACAUCAAAAAGGCAUACCGGAAACCGGCAUUAAAUUGGCAUCCAGAUAAAAACCCUGAGAAUAAAGAAGAAGCAGAGAGAAAAUUCAAACAGGUAGCUGAGGCGAACGAGGUGUUGUCAUAUGCUAAAAAACGGGACAUCUAUGACAAAUAUGGCAAAGAAGGAUUAAAUGGUGGAGGAGGAGGUGGAAGUCAUUUUGACAGUCCACUUGAGUUUGGCUUUACAUUCCGGAACCCAGAUGAUGUCUUCAGGGAACUUUUUGGUGGAAGGGACCCAUUUUCAUUUGACUUUUUUGAAGACCUGUUUGAUGACUUUUUUGGGAACCGAAGGGGUCCUCAAGGAAGCAGAAACCGAGGUGCAGGCUCGUCUUUCUCUGCCUUUAGUGGAUUUCCAUCAUUUGGAGGGGGAUUUCCUUCAUUUGAUGCAGGAUUUACUUCCUUUGGUUCCCUGGGUCAUGGAGGCCUUGCUUCCUUCUUCUCUUCCACUUCAUUUGGUGGUAGUGGGAUGGGCAACUUCAAGCCUAUAUCAACUUCCACUAAAAUAGUGACUGGCAGGAAAAUAACUACAAAGAGAAUUGAUGAGAAUGGUCAAGAAAGAGUAGAAGUUGAAGAAGACGGCCAAUUAAAGUCCUUGACAAUAAAUGGUAAGGAGCAGCUGCUAUGCUUGGAUAACAAGUAACUCAACGCAUGCAUUUAACAGAAAUGUUAAACAAUAACAAGCACCAU